AUGAAAGAACAUAGAAGAAAUUUAAAUUGGAAAAGAAGUCGAUUGCUGUUCCUUUCUAGAAGAUGGACCACUGGAUUUUGGGGGCUCAGGAAAUACUGCUUCCAAAAGAAGCAUUUUUUCCUAGCUAAGAGAAAAAGACAAAGUGCUCAAUCAGUUGUGAGCCUAAACCGGAACAAAGCGUACCGAUCUCUCCAGUGCAGAAGGAAGGCACUCAGACUCCAGAGUGAGUGGGUUCCUAACGUGCUUCUAAAUGCAAAAAACCAUCAAAAACCAACUGCUGAACACAGCACUUUUUCUACAAAAACGUCCAGAAGGGCAAAAAAGCCCUUUCCCGAUGGCAAAACUGGAAGCCCACGUGCAGAGGCAAUAGAGAAGUUGGACAAUGAACCCUUUCAGGGUGAAGAUCUCUUGAACAGAGUCACUGGAUUACAAGCAGACGCUAGUCUUGGCUGCAUGCAUGGCAAUGACCACAGGGCCUUUUGUGGUGGGCUGUGCGACACUAUCUUACCUGUAAAGAAGGAUGGUUUCACACCCAGUGGGGAGGAACGCAAUAAUGAUGAAGGCAAUGCAGUCGUAGUAGUCUUAAACAAUAGUAAAAGAAGGUGCUGUUGCAGAGGGAUAGAGCAGAAUGGAACUUGUGGCCCCUUGACUACUAAAAAGAGGUCCAGAUUUAACCAGUAUACUGUAAAAAAGAUACCUGUAUUUAUGAUGCAUAAGAAACUUUCUAUGAUUAGGUUUCGGGAUAGAAUCAUAAAAUCCCCAAAACUUAGAGCAAGAGGCAAAACCUGCAAAUCAAGUAAAAUCAAGCCAAGCUGGGUGGAGAAAGUUACCAGGGACUGUCAAGAGAAUCUUCAAGGAGAUUUUGAAGGUGGAUUUUGUAACUGGUUUUCCUGCUGGAAAUCUAAAAAUAACUCCUUUUGGAACCUGUAUAGCUCAUCAGAUAUGAACAAUAAUACACUAGGACCUGUAGCUGAGGAGAAUAAGACACCUGCAUCUGACAUCUGCCUUACACAGGAUGCAUUACAAUGUGAUGAGCUACAUUCUGAGGAACCUGCAUCCAGAGAUGGCAGUGUUAAAAUCUGCCAACCAGAGCUGCACAAAACAGCUCCUUUGGGUACAGAGACCUUGCACGGGACGGAAACAAACGAGGCUCCUGUAGUGGACAGUUGCCAUGAGGAUCUUUUCCUCUCAGUAACAGAGAGAGAAAUUGCAAUUUCAGGUCAAGAAGAUGCAGAAUCUAAUCAGGUUAUGUGUGUUGAUGAAAUGAUAUUGUUAGAAUCCUGCAAGGGGGAUUCAAAUAUGAACAAUAACCUUGCAAAUGGACCUUUUUCGGUGGAGCUGGCACAAAAUGAAGACAGCUCUUCCCAGAUGGAAGUCGAAGGCUCCAUAAAUCUGGACAUUUUUAGUGCAAAGUUACUAGAUCACCCUUAUUGUAAAAGCCCCCUAGAGGAGCCUUUGCCAGAAAGCACAGGACUAAAAUCAGGAACUCGAAAGGGAGGCAGAAGGAACAGUCAGAAAGUUUCUCGUGUGGCUGAUGAGCAGUUAUCAACAUGGAUUUGUGGAUUCCUAGAUGAAGCGAUGAAGAAAUAUGGCAGUUUAGUUCCACUCUGUGAAAAAGAUGUCAUGGCAAGAUUAAAGGAAGUCUUUAAUGAAGAUUUCUCCCAUAGAAAGCCUUUUAUCAGCAGGGAAAUCAUGAAGUAUCGGACAAGGCAUCCAAAAUCUUCCACUUGCAAUUUCCGGGUCUUCUAUAAUAAGCACAUGCUAGAUAUGGAUGAUCUGGCUACACUGGAUGGUCAGAACUGGCUAAAUGACCAGAUUAUUAAUAUGUAUGGUGAACUCAUAAUGGAUGCAGUCCCUGACAAGGUUCAUUUUUUUAACAGCUUUUUUCAUAGACAGCUGGUAACCAAAGGAUAUAAUGGUGUAAAACGAUGGACUAAAAAGGUGGACUUGUUCAAAAAGACUCUCCUGUUAAUUCCUAUUCACCUGGAAGUCCACUGGUCCCUCAUUACUGUGAACAUCCCUAACCGAAUUAUUUCAUUUUACGAUUCCCAAGGCAUUCAUUUUAAAUUUUGUGUAGAGAACAUACGAAAGUAUUUACUGACUGAAGCAAGAGAGAAGAAUCAUCCUGAAUUUCUUCAGGGAUGGCAAACUGCUGUUACAAAGUGCAUUCCACAACAGAAAAAUGACAGUGACUGUGGGGUUUUUGUGCUCCAGUACUGCAAGUGCCUCGCCUUAGACCAGCCUUUUCAGUUCUCCCAGGAAGAUAUGCCACGAGUAAGAAAAAGGAUUUACAAGGAGCUGUGUGAGCGCCAGCUAAUAGAUUAA